CUCCGGCGGUAGUGUUGAUGUAUUUGAGUUGCUGCUGCUUCUGCGACUGAGGGAACCGUAGACAGAAGGAUGGUGUGCGAAAAAUGUGAAAAGAAACUUGGUACUGUUAUCACUCCAGAUACAUGGAAAGAUGGUGCAAGGAAUACCACAGAAAGUGGUGGAAGAAAGCUGAAUGAAAAUAAAGCUUUGACUUCAAAAAAAGCAAGAUUUGAUCCAUAUGGAAAGAAUAAGUUCUCCACUUGCAGAAUUUGUAAAAGUUCUGUGCACCAACCAGGUUCUCAUUACUGCCAGGGCUGUGCCUACAAAAAGGGCAUCUGUGCAAUGUGUGGAAAAAAGGUUUUGGAUACCAAAAACUACAAGCAAACAUCUGUGUAGAUGUAUUGAUGAAGUUACUGGCUUUCUGUGAUU